AUGUCGGCUUUGUACUUCACCUCGGUUCUAUUUUGUAUUUUCAUGACGGCUACUCAAGCUUGUUUUUCGUGUCCUUCCUGCCCCAAAACUGACCUUCAAAGAGAUUUCUGCGCGGCGUCGUUUGGUAAGUAAAGUUCCAUCAAAAAAUUCCUAUAAAAUAGAAGUACAGGAUGUUAUAUUUACAACUCUCUCAUAAGCUAAGACAAAACUGCGUUCGUAAAAUUUUGAUGACUUUUGAUGGCAGGGAUCCAUGGAUAACAGUGUUUCCCUGCAUGUUUUAUCAGUAGCUUGUUGCUUUUUUCCGUAGCGUCAAUUGGCAUGACUGAGGCUGAUUUAGAAUUUCCCUCAAAACAUCAGCGUGUGAUGAAAAUGAGUUUACUGUUCGGUGUUUUACCCCAUUCUACUUCAAAGUCGUUUCAUAAUUGUCCACAUACAAUACCGACCUCCAACUCUCUUAGAAUUCCAUUUUUGUUAAGAGGAUAACCGAAGAAGACAGAGCAGAGUGAUGGACGUUCUUUGAAUAAGAUUAUUCCCAAACUUUCGACGUCGUUUCCCUGGUCGAUUUCGGCAUUCUACCCUGAAGCCGAUACCACAGUAUUUGUGCUAACUGACAAUCCAAAAGAAAGAUUUGUAUAAAUAGAAAUCUGUCAUUGCAAGUAGGUCUGAGUGGCCUUGGCUAGCUAAAAGUUAGAUGACAAGUGCACAGAUUAUGUUGAGAUCAGAGUAUAUUCAAGUGUAAACAAAACGAUGACUCUAGUGCGUGUUUUUCGUGUCUUACAUGUGUCGUUUUGACUCUAAGUUCACACUAAAACGGUCGGUAAUUUUGACCAAAACUUGCUUUGAAUUGUUGAUAAUGGCUAGUAAUCUUGGAGAAUAUAUGAUUAAUCAUCUUUAUUCAAAAUCCUACAAAAACUCUUCUAAUGUUGCUAUUUUGCUCAAUGUUUAGUGUCUCAAACACUUUCCAGGCCUUGAAGUGAAAUAAGCUAAUGUCUUGUAUGUCUUACUUUUCCAGUGUUGCACGCCAAAGUUUUGUCAGGACCCACACAAGAAGUUACUCCAGAAGAUGAAGAACUAAAAAAGAUAAGCACCUAUGAUCCACAUGACGUCUACAGAUUGAAAAUCAUAAAAAUAUUCAAAGGAGGAGAAAAAAUUACUCAACUACCAGGAAUUCAAUUUACCGGCAUUCACAACGAGAGUAUUGUGAUCAAAUACCAUACGCCAGCAGCCUGGUGGAAGCUUUGUAUUCCAUCCCUGAGCGCUCUUGACCGAGGCCACGAUUAUUUGUUAUCAGGUUACAUCGAGGAAGGCAAACUUCGAUCAUCCUUCUGUGAUGUGCGUCGAACCUGGGAUAGUGUUACCCACAAGCAAAAGAGGGGGUUGAGAGGACAGUACAAUGAGAAAUGCGCACCAGUUCCUGUGGCAUUGUAG